CGGAGCUGGCGGAGGGGGCUCACCCGCUGUAGGCGCUGCGAGUCCUCGGACCGGGAGCGCGGCGCGGCGGCCACUCUCAGGCUGGCCAUGGCGAGCGGUGCACGGGGGCCACCUGAGUGGCACGGCGGCGUCAGGUUCUUAAUCAAGAACCAGCUUUAUGGAUCCAAGUCAGGUUUGUCCCAUGGCCUGCUCUGAACAGAGUGCUGUCUGAUAGAAGAUUCCAUUGGCAAACCGUCUCUGUUGCCUUACAGAGCAAACAAAGAAGAUGGAUCGAUUGAAGAGCCAUCUGCCUGUGUGCUUUCUACCUUCUGUGCCCUUUUUAAUCCUAGUAUCCACUCUAGUGACUGCAAAGAGUAUGACUAACAGCACUUUAAAUGGCACUGACAUGGUCUUGGGCUUUAUGCCCGUAAUCAUUGCCAGAACUGACCAUAUCAUAGUCAAGGAAGGGAACAGUGCCUUGAUUAAUUGUAGUGUUAAUGGCAUCCCUGAUCCACAGUUCAAGUGGUAUAAUUCCGUUGGCAAGCUGCUGAAAGAAGAAGAGGAUGAGAAGGAGAGAGAAGGAGGAAAAUGGCAGAUGCACGAGGGCGGCCUCCUGAACAUCACCAAGGUGUCUUUUUCAGACCGAGGGAAAUACACAUGUGUUGCCUCUAAUGCCUAUGGCAUUGUGAACAACACGGUGACCCUGCGCGUCAUCUUCACCUCGGGAGACAUGGGUGUCUACUACAUGGUGGUCUGCCUCGUGGCCUUCACCAUCGUCAUGGUCCUCAACAUCACCCGCCUGUGUAUGAUGAGCAGCCACCUGAAGAAGACAGAGAAGGCCAUCAAUGAGUUCUUUAGGACAGAAGGCGCGGAGAAGCUGCAGAAGGCAUUCGAGAUCGCCAAGCGGAUCCCCAUCAUCACCUCAGCCAAAACUCUAGAGCUUGCCAAAGUCACCCAAUUCAAAACCAUGGAGUUUGCCCGCUACAUUGAAGAGCUGGCCAGGAGCGUGCCUCUGCCUCCUCUCAUUAUGAACUGCAGAACCAUCAUGGAGGAAAUCAUGGAGGUGGUCAGGCUGGAGGAGCAGGGGCAGAAUUUUGUGCAGCACACGCCAGAAGGCCAAGAGGCCAUGGACAGGGAUGAGGUGUACAUGAUCCGAAACUCUCUUAAGCGAAGUGACUCCCCCACCGCUGACUCAGACGCUUCAUCGCUGCAUGAACAGCCUCAGCAGAUUGCCAUCAAGGUGUCCGUACAUCCACAAUCCAAAAAAGAUCAUGUGGAUGACCAAGAGGGUGUACAGUUUGAAGAUGUCAAAGAUGAAGAGGACACAGAACUGUCAGCUGAACAAUCCCCAGAAACUGUAGAGCCUUCUACAGAUGAAACAUCCACAGAGCUAACGCCUGAAGAGCCCACGCCCAUUGAUCCCAUGGAUGUUGAGCCCACGCCUGUUGAGGUAUCAGAUAGAGUCCCGCCGCCUGCUCACCUGGAAACUACAGAGCUGGCAGUGGCACAUGAAAGAAACACCUGCAUUAUUUAUGAAAGCCAUGUCUAAUAUCAACUCUGAAAAGCUAUGCAUAUUAAGAAAACCAGGGGCUGCUCCUCGUAGUCCAGAUGUAGUACGCACUUGCCGCUAAGCCUUACAAGGAGACUCUCAUCCCCUAGGUAGGAGUGAUGCUAUUGUAGAAGGGGAAACACCUGUGUGCAGUCCUUGUGACUGGACCUUCCCCAGGAGAAAAGGAUGCAGGAAACAUCAGGGUGCAGGAUUGAUGCUAUUGUCCAAGUGAUACAAGUUUUAGAGACGAUUCUCUGCCAAAUACCGUCAUUGGUAAUGCCCUUUUGGCAAAGAGUACACUACUGUAAGAUAAAUUUUGAGUUCAAGAGCCCUGUCCAAUGCACACUGCAUUGCUUUUCUUUUUAAAAAAAUUACAGGUCUGCUACAAUAGCAAAUGCACGUAUAUGGGUUUGUUGCACUUUCUUCUCAGUCUUUGUUCCUUUCACUGUUCCUUGAUAAUGGAGUAGUUGUUGUUAUAUUAAUACUAAUUGCUCUUUCUGAUUUGGUCUUCUUUGUCCUUGCUUUCCCCUAGAACAUUUACCUCAGAGGCGUUGGUAUCAGUCACCAGUACCAGGGCUGAUAUCUACAAGUCAUUUAUAAUGUUCCAGAGUAGUCACUAGACUCCUUGUUUUUAUUAUUUCCAAGGCCUAUUUUCAUACCUUGAUUUUUACUUGUUUCCAAUGAAGCUGCUGUAAGUGAAACUGAGAAAACCUUUGCCCAGGAACAGCACUUUAAUAGCCAAAUGAAAACGUGUUUACCUGUCCGAUUCUGAGAGCCUUUGUGUGAGCUCAACUGAAGUGUGGUGGUGGUGGUGGAUUAUAAAAGGUUGAGUAUACUCAUAAUAACCAUGAAAACUGCUGUUUUUACAUUUAAGUAACAUCAUCCUCCAAACAAAAACUGAUGUUUAUCUGGAAAAUUUAUUGCUUCCUAAGUCAGAGGCAUUUGAUGAAUCCCUGUAAGGUUGUAUAGUAUUAGCUACCCAGAAGGACUUGCAGGGAAGGCUGUCCUAUAUAAUAAAGAGCUUAUAUGCUAAUUAGACCAAACAGCAGAACGACCAUCCGGACGACCUCCGGACAACCAUCUGGACGACCUUCCAGACGAAGCUGGGGCUGUGAGGGCAGAGCCCCUUGCAUGAAUUUCAUGCAUAGGGCCUCUAGUAUUAUAAUAGUAUAGGAAACUGUACCAUCAAAUUUCAUGCCAAAAGUAUUAAAUUAAUUUUUAAUCUCACAAGAAAGCGGUUAUAUGCAAGGCAGAAUGAUGUCAUAGACAAAGGACAAAACUAGUCAUCCAAAGGCCAACACCUUACCUGACCGUGCCAAUAACCAGCUGCCUGGCUUUAGGCAAAUCUGGGUUUCAGUUUCCUUAUCUGUCAGAAGACUUGGUGAGUUCUGAGCACCAUUUAAAUAGUCUCAUUCUCUCACAGAACCAAACCAAUACUAUUAUCCUUGUUCUUUUUCACAGUUACUUUAAAGAUUUUCAUUUGUAUCUCUAACGUUGUUUAUGCUGCAUUACUUACUCAGUAAUGAGUAAGUAUGAUUUUCAAAAAUCAUAGCAUUUUAAGUAAAUUGUGGAUCUUUUCCCUCCCUUCCCCCCCCCCAAAUUAAUCAUGUGACCACUUCUACAGUUUAGAUUUAAUCAUGAUGAGAACAAGUGGUGUUAUUUCAUUUUUACUUAAGAGCAGGGAGAUACUAACAUUAAAGCAGUUAUAAGGGUCAUGGCUGAUGGGGUCAUGACAUCAGAGAUUAGUUACAUGGACCACACUGGUAAUGAGAGAGCAGAUGCAGAUGUUUAGUCCUUAAUCUAUCACUCUCUGGAUAAGUGACCUUGGACAGUCCCCUUCUCCAUUCUGGGGUUUAAUCUUUUUACUUACAAAGUAUAGGGGUGGUUGUGCUCACAAAAUCCCUUCUCGCUCAUACAUUUAAAGUUUUAUGGAAAGUUUGUAAUCUCUCAUGGUGGCCCCCAUAGCAAGACAUGCAAUAUUAGGAGCAAAAAUGGGUACAUGAGAUUGGAUGUUUUCGCUGUCCAAACUUUACAGCAAAUGUCUCUAGCUCUGUAGCUGAAGGCAGUGGGUAUGGCUUUAGGAAUGGCUUUGACAGUUUUUUUACUCAUAGAUACCUGAUGUUGAAGGCAUACUCACAAGAUGUGGAGUUUGAUCAGACAUCUCUUAGUCAGGAAUGAACUGUUGGCAUCUUGGGUGGUCACAUAAAGAAAUUAGUAGUGAGCAAACAAGAGAAACCAUGACUCCUGAUUGGGCUCUCCUGACUGGGAUUUUAUGUAUUUGGGUGCAGAAAAGUUUUCUCUCCAACUCUCACUUGUUAUAGAGGUCAACAAAUUCUUACCAGGGAUCUGUAUGCCCAAAACAAUAGACUUAAGCUCACUUUGGGGUAUUGGGAGAACUGUUUCUCAAUGUAUUCAGUUUUCAUUCCACCCAAACCCAUGUGCAUAUUUCCACAUGAAAAUUACAGGAGAAGACAUCUAUUUCGUCUAGACAUUGAUUCAGGGUAAAACGUUUAAAAUGGGCAAAUUUUUUACGAUGUAGGAGCAGAAAUGUGUGACCAAAGAAUGUUUCCAUUUUGCUUUUAGCUUCUUUAGACUGAGGAAAUUAUAUAGAUUUUCAAAAUGUUCUCCCUCUUUAAAGCAUCAAAAAGCUCUUGAUAUAAUAAUAGCCAACCUAAAGGGAAAUUAGCUUACAACAGAGAUUUCUCCUCCCAGAAAUUCUACACUCUUCCUAUUCAUCCUAUUGCUUCUUACAAAGGGAGAAAGGUUCUCCUGCUAGAAAUGUAGAUGACCUUGUGACUUUCAGCUGAUUUUCAAAGAUAAAUAACUGCUCAGAUUCAUAGAGGUAUGGCUGUGUGUGCGUGCGCGCGCGUGUGUGCGUGUGCAUGCGCACGAGCAUUCACAACACACGUCAGACUCAUUUGGGCAGUUUUAAAAGCUUAACACCAAAUCCCAAGACAUGUUCCUUGGGUUGUAUGUAGUCAUUCUCAAAAUCAAACAAUUUCUGGUUUCUGAGACAUCUGGUUAUAUCUCUAGCAAUUUUUUUCUUGAAAUUCUAAAAAUAAUUCAGAUAUGUAUGCAUAUUUAAUUCACUUAGGUGAUCUGCAAACUUGGAUGGUAUUUAUUGUAAAUGGGAAAAAUUUAUAAUGAAAAAUCUAUGUAAUUUAUAGUGGUUUUGUUUAAUAUAUUAUAUUUUCAUAUCGUUAGGGCACAUCUACUCUUCUCAUCUUUUUGUAUAUCAUACUUAGUAAAAAGAAAUACUAAUACUUGACUAAAAUCUCUAGGAACUAAAUGUGAUGCCUAAUCUAUAGAAAUCACUCUGAUAAUAUGUGAAUGUUCUCACCCAUACCAAGCAUUAUUAUGUCAUUACAUCAAGAAUGAUCUGUCUCAGAUACUUACAAGCAUUCCUUUUUUUUUUUUUUUUUUUUUUCAAAACUAUGGAUUCUGGAAUCCACUUCCUUUCUUUUUCUUUUUUGUUGUUUGCUACAUUUUUAAUUGUGUAUGUUGUUUAAGCUUCCCUUUAAAGGGCAAGUGUGAGAUAAGAAAACAACUUAAUGGAAAGACAAUUGAACUAUGGCUCUGUAGAUUCUUUAAUGGACUGAUAACCUGUUUUAAAUCUAAUGCUUGGGUUGUUAUUUAUUAGUGAUCUAAGAUCUGCUCACUUCUUUAGUACAUGAAGAAAAUGUGAGGCACAAUGAAUAUUUGCAUGUUUUGUAGAGGCACACUCUCAAUGUGGUGCAGCCAACACAAAUCAAGUUCACUACAGAAAUACCAAUCCCAACCAUGGGAGGAACCGUUUUACAAAGGCAAAUCAGGCAUCUUUUAUUCACAAAUGGAAAUAUUGUGUCAGUGUUGAAAUUCUGAAAUGGUUCUGCUAAAGGGGGGAUUUCCUCUGUGUUUCAUUUGGUAAGAAAAUGGAGCGUUUAACUCCUCUUUCAGAUACUCUAUUUUAUACUCAGCACGGUUCAACUACUGACCUAUACCUAUCUUCCCAUAUCCUUUUAGCAAUCCCUUAAGAUUAUUAUUCCUGUUUCUAUUAGAUUUUUAAACUAAUUUAUUGUACUCUUUAAAUACCUACCAGAUCUCAUGGUAUAUUCCCACAUAUUUUGAACACCUGAUAUCUUUACGAUUUCAGGUGCUCAAAAUAUUCAUUUUUAUAUUUACCUAUUCAUUUAAAAGCCCUUCAGUAGAUGACAACAUUCAUUUUCCUAUUGCCUUUCUUAGGGCUUCUACAAUGAUUAAUCUAGUUUGGAUUAAAUAAAUCAGUGGUGGGGGGGAAAUCAAGUAAAAUAGAACUGCUUAUUAUGUUUUCCAAAGGACUGAGGGUUUGUUAUACAAGAAAAUAUCAUAAGAGGUUGGCAAUGAUCUUUGUGAUUCUAUAGAGAUAUCAUUUUAAAGAGGCUAAUACUUAGACUACCACAAUCAAAAUUGAAGCUUUAGAGCAUAUAAACUAUAAAACAAUUAACUCUAAGAAUAUUUUGGCAUGAAUUAUUUUUUAUUUUACCUGUAACAAUAGCCUUCAAAUGUAUCUCUCUGACACCAUAGAGCUGCCUAUAGUGAAUUAGGGUCCAAGAAGACACUUGUAUUUCUGUUUGGUUUGCUGUAUAUCUAUUUCUGCAUAUCCUGUAUUAAAAUUGGAAAGUAAAAAAAUUUACCUGGGGUAAAUGUCAAACUGGCGAUUCUGUGAACUAUAAAUGUUCAACCUUUUAAAAGUAAUUUAAAUAUGGAAACAAAUGAGUGAUAUUUAAGUUGAUGUUAUAGUAGAAAAAACAAACGUGAUUCAUCCUGUAUUUUGAUUGUUGCUUUAAUAAAGGGUUUGCACAGGUG